AUGCGUCGAAUCCUGAAGACGGUGGAUUCGGUGGAACAAGACGUGAAGAGCCUGGAGGCAUGCCGCGACAAGUGUCUGGGGAGCCUGGAACCCUGUCGCUCCUACGACUUCAACGACACCGGAAACAGCGUGUGCCGACUCAGCCACCACACGGCCUUGACCCUGGCCCACAUCAAGGAGCCUUACCUCUCCAUGUCCACGGCAGUGACCUACGAGAUGACCGCCUGCUACAACAUCGAGGUCCAGUGCCGCGGCACGGACAUGCUCGCCAAGAUCAAGAGCACCAAGCUCUUCAAUGGAAAGAUCUAUGCCAAAGAGAGCCCCAUGGGUUGCAUGUCCAGCAUCCAGGACUCCAUGGAGUUUGAAUUGUCGAUGCCCUACGAGAGCAAAGCGUGCAAGGCAUUAUUAUAUUCCACGAUGGGAAUCUCUGCUCGACAGGUUACUAAAUCCUUGCCGGGAGAGUACACCAACCAGAUCGUGGUUCAGCACCACAAAAACAUCGUGACCUCGGCCGACCUGGGUCUCUCCCUGAUAUGCAUGUACGACCUCGGGAGUCGGAACGUGACCAACAACGUGAGCCUGGAGGUGGAGGGGAAGAUCGAGCAGAUCGUCACCGAGGAAGCAUACGUGGAAUCUCCCGACAUCAUCAUGAGGAUCACGGAUCGCAAGGGCAACGACAUCUCCUUCGCUCAGGUUGGCGACUCCUUGAAGCUGGUCUUCGAGAUCUCUGACAACCGCUACGACUUGAUGGUGACUAAGCUGUACGCCCUGGACGGAAUCGACGCCCUCGAGAUCCCUCUGAUCGACGACGAGGGCUGCCCCACCGAGACCUUCAUCAUGGGACCGAUCGAACGAUACGAGAAAAACACGGACGAUGACGGCGAAGAGAAGAAGCAAGAUGCAUCGAAGAAGCGCUUCCAGAUACUCGAGACCAAGUUUGAAGCCUUCAAGUUCCCGGUCAGCGACAUCGUCUCCUUCCGAGCCUUGGUGACCCCUUGCGUCCACUCCUGUCCUCCGGUCACCUGCGACGUCCUCGACUUCAACGGGGGAACGGCCAGGAUCCAGUCCUACGGGCGGCGCAAGAGGUCUCCGGUCCAAGACUUCCUGCGCAAGAAACGAUCCACCAAGGACGACGACCUCUUCGUGAUUCAGAGCAUCACCAUUUCCGACAAGUACGGUCGGUCGAGGUCCAACCGGCGGCUCGGCGGAGACGCCGUCGCCACCGGGGACUCCCUCAACACCACCGUCACCGAGGUCACGAUCCAAGGCAGCACCGAUGCCGGCGUCUGCAUCAACAUGGUCGGGAUCAUCGUGGCCUGCUCUCUGUUCCUCGUCGCCCAGCUUGUGGUCAUCGUGGCCUGGACCUACAUCUGGCAGAAGCGGCGGCAGAACAAACUCGAGGACGGGCCCAUCCCGGAGACGACGGCCGACAGCCUAACCCAGCUCUUCAACUCCGGAUAUCCAGCCAGACGGUUCUGAUCCGCUCGAGAGUAGAAACUCAGGACUCCACAAAAACAGCAACAUACUAGGGCAUUAACAUUUAUCAUCAUCCAGCAUCCGACGUAGGGACCUUACUGUGAAGCACAAGGAACAUCCGGGCCGUUCACCCGUAGAUUUUAGUAUGCCCAACGCCGACGAGUUUUUAGCCACCCGAAAUCCAUCGACCUCAUCCAUAGAAGACAAGGUAUCCAGUGCGACGAUUGUUUUCACAAUGACUGCAGACGUUUGCUGUGAUGUGACUCGACUUUCCAGGACUUCCGACGACAUGCACCGAUCAGAAAACCACACGAAAGAAUCUAUUAACUUGUGAAUUUAUAGAGAAGUUUAUGUGCAAAGCCCAGAUCCUGCUUCACGUGCCAAAAACUGGCUUCUGUAUGUCUCUCCGAGUCCGAUUGGCAGCUUCAAAACGUGGGUUUUGUGAUAACUCUCAUUAUCUAUAUGGCAUUGAAAGCAAAAAAAAGCGUGUACAUAACGCUGCAAACUGCCAAAAUUGGCAAAAAGGAAAAAAGGAACAUUCGCUUAUGUGCUACCGCUGUGUCUUGCUCAGUCGA